AUGCUAGGAAAAGCAAAGUAUAAUGUACGAGUAACGAACAAAUGUCCUCAUGGACUGAACUUACCUUGUUUACCAGAAGAUGUUGGUGGUUUAAGAGAUAUUACUCUGGCCGUAAAUAACUCUCUUCCUCCUACUCCAGACUCCUCCCCUGCUGGCACAUCGAAAAAACAUAAACUGUACGAUUUUCUCGACUUUAACGGGAAGCCAACAAAGCCGAAGAAACGUGUACUGUUUGAUACUUCCGAAAACUUGCACAAGCCUCCCACUUCCCCGAAAAAACCUAGUCAGUUUUGUAAGGAGUUAUUAGCUAGACAGCUUGGGGGAGCACGUUCUCGCAUAAAUCACAUUCCUUCAAAUCGUCAUGUUGGAAGUAGACUAAACUUAGAAACAUUUUAUUCUCGUCCAUCAGAAUGCUUGAUGAUGCUCAAUCAACUUCCAUUUUGCCUUGGGUUUGCAAAUAAUGAAUCAUUACUUGCUGUAUGCACAGAGACGGGUGCUUUAGAAUUGUUUGAUUCCAGGUACUUUAACCGGCAAGAUGAAGAAAGUCAGCCGUCAGCGCGUCGGCUUCAUGGAUGGCUCGCUCAUAAUAAUGCUAUCUUUAACGUUAAUUUCUCAAGCGAUGACUCUUUGCUCGCUACAUCCUCUGGUGACCAAACAGCCAAAGUGUUCGACCUUGCCACACAGCAAUGCAUCACCAGACUCGGUCGUAGAGGUCUUGAAGGAUAUCAUUCUCAUUCCGUUAAACAAGUUAACUUUUGCAAUGAUUCUCCUUACAAUAUAGUGACGUGCUCUAGGGAUGGAUCACUCAUUUUUUGGGAUAUGAGAACUCAUGGAAUAACCGUUGAUGGCGAACAUCAUCAAAAACCGGUCCUCAAAAUAAAAAAAGCUCAUGAAAGACAAAAUAGAGAUUGUUCAGUUACGUCUGCCGUCUGGUUACCGAACACUACUUCUCAAGUAGUGUCUUCCUGUUCUGCAAACUCUACACUUAAAUUAUGGGAUCUUCGGAACAUUCACACAGUUCGUCCACUUCCUCUUUCUUCAACCCCAGGAAGUAAAACUUCGAGACGCGAUUAUGGUAUCACCAGUGUUUGUACCUCGCCUAUGGGAGAUCGUGUUUACGCGGCUUCAAGGGACAAUACAGUUUAUGAAUAUUCUUCCCAGCAUUUAGAAUCUGGGCCUUGUAAAUUGUACAAUGACCCGAGAUUAAGAAUUUCUUCUUUCUAUGUGAAAGUCGCUUGUAGUCCCGAUGGUUCGACGUUGGCCUGCGGAGGAGGUAUACAGGAUGAAAACAGCGGAGCGAUACUUUUUGAUACUACUCGAGACAAUUCCUCCUCAUCUGCCAUGUUAGUUGGAGGGCAUGCAAAAGAUGUAACCGCUGUAGAUUGGUCGAAUGAAAAUCAGCUGGCAAGUAUAUCGGAUGAUGGUAGCGUUCGCGUUUGGAAUCCUUCUUUGCACGGUACGGCUGCUAAUCUGAGAGAAAAAAAUUUCUCAGAAAUCUUUUAUUGGGGAUACAGCGAGCGUUGA